CGCAGAGUCCAUGUGCUGCUGGCAGCUGUGUAUAGCGGGAGGGGGAGGGUACAGGUGAAAGUUUUCCUCUCAGUCAUGGCUUCUAUCGUCAGGAAGAUUAUCUGCAGCGCCAGGGCUCCGGCUGCUAUAGGACCCUACAGUCAGGCUGUGGUGGUGGAUAAAACCAUGUACGUGUCGGGUCAGCUUGGCAUGGACCCAGCAAGUGGACAGCUUGUGUCUGGAGGAGUGAAGAGUGAGGCAAAGCAGGCUUUGAUAAAUAUGGGAGAGAUCCUUAAGGCAGCAGGAUGUGAUUACAGUAAUGUUGUAAAAACAACCGUUUUAUUGGCUGACAUCAAUGAUUUCAAUGAUGUCAAUGACGUUUACAAGCAGUUUUUUCAGACUAAUCACCCAGCAAGAGCUGCCUACCAGGUUGUUGCUUUGCCAAGGGGAGGGAAAGUGGAAAUUGAAGCUGUGGCUGUCCUUGGACCUAUAACAGAAGUUUCCUCGGCCCUUUGA